CACGUCGCUGGGUCUUUUCGCUAACAAUUCGUCAACAUGGCAAAUCGCGCAAAUCGUCAUGCUGCCCGCACUGAGGAGUCGGAUAACACCAUAAACUAUGUCCAAUGCGAUGGUCUGGCCGUCAUGAAAAUGGUGAAGCACUGCCACGAGGAAUCGAGCAACAUGGACCUCGCCCAGGGCGCCCUGCUCGGCCUGGUGGUGGACAAGUGCUUGGAGAUUACCAACUGCUUCCCGUUCCCCAAGAGCGGCGAUGAGACCAUGGACGAGGAGAUGUACCAGCUGACUGUGAUGCGUCGCCUUCGCCGCGUCAACGUGGACCAUCUCCAUGUGGGCUGGUACCAAAGCUCAGACGUGGGCAACAGCCUGUCUCUUGCUCUACUGGAAUCACAGUACCACUACCAGACCAGCAUUGAGGAGUCCGUCGUAGUGGUCUACGAUACGCAAAAGUCUUCGCGCGGAUUCCUCUGCCUGAAGGCAUACCGCCUCACGCCGCAGGCAAUCCAAAUGUACAAGGAUGGCGACUUCACGCCCGAGGCAUUCCGCACCCUGAAGGUGGGUUACGAGAGCCUCUUCGCCGAGAUUCCCAUUGUGAUCAAGAACUCACCGCUGACCAACAUCAUGAUGAGCGAGCUAAACGAGCUGCUGCCUGAGGACAAGGGCCACAACUUCCUGGAUCUGGGCACCGCUUCCGUGCUGGAGAACCAAAUGCGCAGCCUGAUCGAGCGUGUUGACGAGUUAUAUCAGGAGGCUGUCCGCUAUAACAAGUAUCAGCAGGUGGUCUUCAAGCAGGAUACGGAGAAGCACCGUGCUUUGGCUAAGCUGGCCGCUGAGAACGCCGUACGCACCUCGAAGGGUGAACCCACGGUGGCCGAGGAGGAGGUCAUUAAGCAGUUCCGCCCCAUGCCUGUGCCCGCCCGGCUGACGGCCACCAUCACCUCCGGCCAGAUCAAUACCCAUGCCCAGCACAUCGCCCAAUUCUGCUCUCAGUCGCUGGCCAAGCUCUUCAUCACCGAAUCGCUGCAAAACGCCAAGGAAGCCAAGGAAAUCAAGUAGACUAGCUAAUGUUAAACGUUUUUUAAUCUGAGGCAACAUCCAUAAUUCACAAGCCUAGCAUCUGCGCACACUGAUGGCGAAAAUAAACCAACACAGCAUUGAGUGUGCCUGGAAGCGAAA